UCGAGGCGCGGGAGCUCCGGCGGGGAUGGUGAAGCGGUUCUUGGAAGACCGUGGGUCUUUCAGCAGCGUGGAGAGAAGGUGCCGAUGCGAUUCAGCAUAUGUACUCCCCUAAUCUGAGGUCUGGUUGUGUAAUACUUGUGAUCGUUGGCUAGGAAGGAGGAUCGUGGGUUUGGAUGCUUCCAUUAACGAGCAUGUUUAUCCGGGAAUGCAGAGAGGAAUGGCAGCAGAGUCUAUUUACAAAGAGAGAUGUAUUGCUGUGGACGACGGCGGGAGUUGGGCCAAAUACAUGUCUAUCUCUGGUUCUCCUGAUGAUGAAUAUGACAUCAUCUCCGAGGAGUGUUUAUUGACUGUAGAUGAGAAUAGAGAAGGUCAGGCAGCGGCUUUUGGAGAUGAUAUAGCCACUGGAUGUCUUGCCACAGAGUUCAAGCGAGAGAUAUUUGUUGUGAGAAGACAUUGGUCCCUUCGUUCGUUCCUAUUUUCCUUGUUCUUUGCAUAUGCCCAUUUGCUUGGAAUUCUGAUUUUAUCUUCUCAAAUCUUUUCUUAUCCAAUUAAGUUAAUGAAAUUAAAUUAUGAAGAAGAAAGAGACCCAUAACAAUUACAUCAGAUUUUUUUGCGUGAAUGUAUUCCAAACGAUUGGAUGUGUGUUUGAAUUGGUAUGUCAUGCUACAACAUAUGCAUUUAUGAUCAUGAUGUUACACUAAAAUGCACUAAAAAGCUACCUUUUGAUCACACACAUCUAAAAUGGUUCUUAUUUCUUUGUAUCUUGUAAUAGUCUCCUUUUUAUGGAUCAUACUCAUUUUGAAAGCAUUCAAGCAUAUAAUUGUUAUGGAUCUCUUUCUUCUUCAUAUUUAAUUCCAUUAACUUAAUACUAUUGGACUUCAUCGGAUA